GAGCCAGGUGGCGGGGUCUGUAACGUAAUUCCUGUAGUUUAUGUGUCUCACAGUUCUGUGUCUGGUCUCUGCUAAGACAUAACUGCACAGUGCUUUCACCUCAGUGUCCCCCUCUAGUGGCCCUGUCUGGAGUUGAUGUCAGGGGCAAUUGUUAGGUCAGGAGGAACGUCCUACAUCCUUGGGCUAACGGGGGCAACUCUUCUCUCUCCUGCCUCAAAACACAACAAUAUAAGGAGGCGGACAUUAAUUUGUGUCAAAGAGUGUGUCAUGGGAUGCUUGAACUCUGUAGGAUAACUCAUGGGCCUCAGAUCCAAAAUAUCGUUGCUCAGCACAUUCCAACAUGGUUGAAGCUGGGUUACUCCAUCCUCACUCCAGCCCAUCUGAAGGAAGGAGCCAAACAUCAAACACAUUUGCCUUCUUCCCUCCCUCCGUCCCUCCGUCCCUCCUUCCCUCCCUUCCUUCUGACCUCCCUUUCCUCUCUCCUUCCGUUUUCCUCCUCUCCCCACUUCCCCUCCCUCCCCCUCCUCUCCCUUCACCUCUUCCUCCUCCCCACACUUUUCCUGUAAGGCACAGUCACUCUGUAGACCAGACUGCCUUUGAGCUUAUGGCAAACACCCUGCCUCAGCCUUCCUAGUGCUUCGAUGACAGGUGAGCACGAUACCACAGCCAGUAGACAAUCUUCUACGUAGAUGACCCUAAAGUUGUAGUACUCUGGGCUUAUACUUUUGGUGAGAACUUGGUCACCAGGCCCAAAGGAGCUGGUCAGGGAGGCUAGACACCCUUGUGCCUGUACAGCUCUCGGGCUGAAGUGAAGAGGGAGAAAGUAGGUCAUGUGUGUCAAUUACUAGCCAAGGGGAAAGAGAGGCCCAUCGGCUAAUGAUAAGGUUGGCAAGAAGGGGGUCACAUGUGAGGAACUUAUCAGUCACGUUCCAACCAGCAGGCUGGAGUUUGGUGUUAAUGGUGGUACAGAGUGUUGUUUUCUCUUGCUGGCUCCCUUCAGGCUGAGCCUAACCAGGAGACAGUCUCCGUGCCAUAAUGGAAGGGUGGCUUUUGUAGCUUCCAGAUGGAUCCCUCGACCUCGAGUCCGUAGAGGAGUCCGUGUAUCGGAGCAUGGGCAGGCCUGCCAAAUCCUCAAAGCAGUACCUUCGGCAGGUCAUCUCAGAAUAUGAGGCGCUGGAUCGGGAGCUCCCAUGUAUCCGAAAGUUCUCAGAACCGCCCUCUGCCCAGCCCCUCUGCCUUUGCAUGGAGACUUCGGAGGAUUUCACGCACCUGGAGGUGCUGCAGGCUCUGGAGGCCGAGCUGCCCGGGGCCAUGGAAAGUGGGCGCGUGAGCAGCAUCCGCUACGAGAAUAUGAAUGUCAUCUGCGGCACCGCGGGCCGCAGGGACAGGUGGCUCAUCACCGUCACAGACUUCCAGACGCGCUCGCGCCUGCUGCGCUCAGGGCUCAGCCUCCGAGGAGUCGCGUACCCACUUGUGCGCCACGACGAUCUACUGCUGGGGGACUACCGUCUGCACCUGCGCCGCUCCCUGGUCCGACGGCGCAUGCUCGAAGCCCUCGGGGCGGAGCCGGUCGAGGAAGAUUGACGCACAGCGGGGGCGGGUCCCAGCCGCGCCCCGCCCCCAGGCCCGGCGAAACGAGAGGGCGUGGCCUCCCUAGGAAGGAGGCGGGGCCGGCUCGAGGGGGUGGAUACUGUGAGUUUAAUUAUAAAGAAUGACCUGAUACAAAA